UCUUCUCAAAACUGAAGUCAGCUCUGCGUGUAAAGCUAGCAGCUGAAAAACUCGGAGAGAGAGGGUAGACAGUGUUUGCCCAGCAUCUGAAGGCUGUGGGUACAAUGCUCAGCAUAAAAAUCUGAGGACUCUGAGAGUGACAAGCACAUUCUCACAAAUCGGUGGCUCUGGAAUCCAGCCCUCUGACUAGAUGGAGUGAACAUGCAGGUCAUACUUACUACAACGAUCUGGAUGGUUUCUUUUGCCUCUACGUUUUCAUAUACAGCAACUACUUUGCCAGAUAUUGACAACGAAAAUUUUAUCAAGGAAUGUGUUCAUAUUCACAACAAGUUCCGGUCAAAGGUGAAUCCACCAGCUACAAAUAUGCUAUACAUGACUUGGGAACCAGCCCUUGCCCAAACAGCAAAAGCAUGGGCAAAAUACUGUCAGUUUGGUCACAAUCUACAGCGAAAAUUGAACUCGAACUUCACAUCAGUGGGAGAAAAUAUCUGGACUGGAUCUUUAAGCCUUUUCUCAGUGUCUUCAGCCGUCUCAGGCUGGUACAAUGAAAUCCAGUAUUAUGAUUUCAGUACUCCGAAGUGCACAAGAGCCUGUGACCACUACACUCAGGUUGUUUGGGCAGAUAGUUACAAAGUUGGCUGUGCAGUGCAAUUUUGCCCAAAAGUUUCUGGCUUUGAAAAACUUUCCAAUGCAGCACAUUUUAUAUGCAACUAUGGACCAGGAGGAAAUUACCCAACUUGGCCAUAUAAGAAAGGAGCCAAAUGCAGCGCCUGCCCCCAAAGUGACAAGUGUCUGGAAAACCUCUGUAUUAAUCCACAGCGAGAUAAAGUCACACGUUACUACUCUGUUGACUACCCUGAGUGGGCCAUAUAUAUUCGGAACAGAUACACUUCUCUCUUUCUCAUUGUUAAGUCCAUAAUUCUAAUACUGUCGGUUAUAAUGACAAUUUUCAUAAAGCACAAGUACCCUAAUUUAGUUAUUUUGGACUAAUACAAAUCAGAGGCAGAAAGAAAAAUAACAUCUUAUAUGUGGCUUCUAAAGAAAAAUUGUAUAUAUAAUAUAUGCAUAAAUGUGCAUGUGUAUAUAUAUAUAUAUGUAUGCCAUUGGGUAUAUUUUGUUUUACAUUGUUUUUUUAAAUGUACCUUCAGUAAAAAGCCUUAUUCAAAUGAAAAACUGUUCAGUGUCCUAUCUCUAUGGAAUACUCACCUGUCUAUUUUUCUAUUAGU